AUAAUCAUCCCACUCUUAUUAUGCACAAGAAUGUAGUGGACGGAAGGGCCAUAACAUGAAUGCCAAAUGUCGGAUUUCGUGGAAUAACUCAUUCAUUUGUGUUGGUUAAAAGAUUCGAAGUUUGUCUCUAACUAUUAAUGGUUCUUCGGCUGGCUGAAAUGGAUAAAGUCAGUAAAAACUGAGUGAAAUUCCUUGGAUGCCUUGGCCUAAAGAAACUCGGGAUCUGCUUUCAACAACAACAUAAAGAAACUCUCCGUUUACCAAUCGAUCUGAACUUCUUACAAAAAGAGAAUCCGUUUGAAAUAAGAAUAACCAAUUUUGAUUUACUACAAUUUCUUCAAGUUUUAAAAGCAAGCAGUUAAAGACACUGGAUUAUUGUGGGCCUUUUCUUGAAUCGGAUUCGAAUUUUAUCAAAUUUUCCCCAUGAAAUAGAAGAAAAACAAUGAAAAUUAUUAUUUUGAUAAACACCUUCGUUUUUUUAAAAAUUGUGUUGGGAAAUGAGAGACAGACCCACGAAGCUGUUGACUGUUCCAUGGGAAGCAGCUCUUGCGAGUCAUGCCAUGCAGCAUAUCCCUUUUGUUAUUGGUGUGACGGAACCUGUAAAAGGUACUACGGAAAAAGGAUUGCAAAUAUUGAAUGUGCAGGUAAAAUGAUGUACGAAAGUUGUGAAACAUCGAAUGCCAAUAAAGGAAGUUCCAAGGCUGAAGAAAUAUUGGAACUUUUGACGGCAUUGAAGAAGCAAAGAUCUAAACAAAAGGAAUUAGAGUACUUUGGUGAAAAUGGAAAUGAAGUGCCUCCAACCAAGAGUACAACAAACAAAGCUAAACUUUCCAGACUCUUAAAACUCUUAAAGAUGCUGGCUUUUCUAAAAGGGGAAAAAACAAAGAACCAGAAGGUGGAGGAAGAGAAACCGAUGCAUCAACAAAACAAAGUCUUUAAUGCAAAUGGAGAACUUGAAAUUGAAGGAAAUGGAGAAGAAAGCAGUCAAAGUCAAAAGUUGACUUCAGUGAAACACACAUCAUCUUCUGCAGGUGACCUAGAGUCUUUAUUUAACAUGGUUUCAAAAGUGAAGGGUACAAACACUACACAAAACAAAGUGGAGAAGGUAUUUCAUGAAAGGCAGAAAGCGGUAACAACAUCAGCAGUGCCAAAAACGCAUGACCACACUACAGCCAUAGAAUCAAGGACAACCAAAAUGAAAAUUUUUCCAGCUACAAAUGCAACAGUUAUACCAUCACGGACUACCAAAGCUGGGAGAUACUGUGAAUUGUUUGAGCAAGAAGAUGAAUGUAACAGUGACAAGGAUUGCUCAUGGUGUAACAUAUUAGAUGAAUGUGUUGGAAGGAACAAAGAAGACUUUCGGUAUUGUGCAGGGGAUAAAAGAAAUGCUGACCUAGAUCAACAGAGCGACCCAGAGAUGUGCUCUGCGAUGAAAAGCUGUAGCUCAUGCACAAAAAGAGGGAAAUGCUUCUGGUGUGAAAAGACGAAAUCAUGUCACAUCUACCCUUUCUUUGGCUAUAUCCCACAUAACUGUCCUGCUAAUAUGUGGUACUACAAAGAAUGUGAUGUCCAGCUGGCCAUUUUCAUAAUACUUUUCCCGCUAUUGAUGAUUCUGCUUUGCAUGGUCGUCUUCUAUUUCUGCUUGCGAUUCUGUUACUACCGGAAGAAAAUGCUCAAAGUUCAAUUAUUUGAGAAACCGGAACUGUUUGAGAGACGAAAAGGGAAGAAGGUUUAUUUUGUUGGUGGAGAUGAAGAAGAUGACGAAGAAUCAAGAUCAGAACAAAUCAGAAAGAAAUAUAAUCUUCCGCACGAAAAAGAACCUCUUAUCAGUCCAUAACUCACCAGAACAGGAUUAUCUAUACACUACACAAUAAGAAUACGAACAUUUCCGAAGCCAAUCACUUCCAUACCCAGAUGUGUCUUAAUCGUAUGGUAUAAGAUUAAUUGUUUCUGAGGUAGUGCGCUGGGCAAAUUUCACCAUGUUAAGCAAGUGGAUGAAAAAAGACAAUCAAAUGAAAAUCAGACCUUCAAAUGAAUGAAAGAAGGACCAGCCCUACGUUUAUUUAUUACGCGUAACUAUGAAAGACUCUAGCAACAAUCAAGCAUCCCCUCGUCCUCUUUUUUGUUGUGAAACCUUGUAUCAUUGGGUAGUUUAUUCGUCAUAAGCAUACGAAAACUUCAUGUAGUGUUGCAAAGCCUAAUGGAAAUGUUUAAUAAUUAAAGCCUUUAAAUACCUA